UCUGGGACUUUAGUAGGCUCAGUGGGACACUGGAGUCAGGAAUGAGAAGCAGUUUGAGUGGGAUCUGGGAGGGCUGGACAGGACGCAGGUGAGCUCAAGAGAACAGGUAGAGGUCGGCAAGUAGGCAGACCUGCUUGGUUGAGGGGGAGCCUGGUGGCCAGAAACCUACAAUGGUUGUGGGGCCCCAAGGCCACGUGUCCUUCUAUCCAGGAAGCUUAUGGUAUAGUCAUUUAAUGGCUAAAGAGCGUGAGUUGUCAAGCCCUCCGGGAGGCACUUACCUUCCUUUCUUAGCUGCCUAGCACUGGACUGGCAUUUGUUCAGUUCCUGCGAGCCAGCUUGUCCCUGCCUUGCAGAUUACCGCGCCACAAAACCUGGCCAGGGCAGGGCGGCCAGGUAGACCAGUUCAGCUGUUUCCUCAAACCUGACCUUGAGUUCUGACCUGUGAGAUAGGAAUCUUUUCGCUGUCAGGGUGGAUGGUAGCAGUUAGAAGUUUCAUCAGUUUCCUUUCUUCAUAUUUGGAGCACUGGGAUUUGGAAGGACAAUUAGGAGUCAUCAAUGUGUCCAUUCAUUCAACAAACAUUUGUUGCUGUUUAUGGCUGGCCUGGCCAUAUGGGGCCUGAGCUGCCACCUCCGAGUUUGCUCAGAUAGAGCUUGUGCUUCUGAAAAGAAGAGGACUGGAAGGAAGGUUUGUAAGGGUCAUUCCCAGAGAGCCCACCCCUUCCAGCAUUUGCAAGUUAAGAUAUCAGUGGCCCCCUCUCCUGAGAGGCCCCACAGUUGGAAAGGUCAGUACUUCCGCCUUGUGGUAAAGGAACAGGAAGGCAGGCAGUCUGUAUGUGCCUGCUCACAUGUUUAGCACCUGUCAGGUCUAUGGGUGUAACUUUCUUCUUUCUUGCUAUCCUCCUGUUUCCUGGGGGAUUUCCCCUUCAGACAGUUGUGUGUGUGUGUGUGUGUGUGUGUAAAACACAGGUAGAGAAGACUGUUACAAUGGUUCUGACCGAUAGCAGUUCAGCAAAGAACAAACAACAGCUUUUCAGAUCAAGGCUUCCUAAAGUCCCUUCUCUUUCCUUUAGGUGGUUGUGGGAGAGGCUUCCUUGUGGAGGAACAAGUGUUACCAGACUCCUCACUUCCCUAGAAGGGUGGCUCCUUCUUCAAUUAAAAGUUAGGAUAAUGAUCAAUUCCAGGGCAUCAGGGAUUAAAUUAGAAACCUUCUAUUGUAUAGGAGUUUGAUGAAUUAUUAGUUCUUUUCAUGCUUUUCUGUGAUAACCUCUUUUGAAAAGGGCAGAAGGAGAAAGCACUCUUUUGUUGUAUUUCUUGGGCCUCAGCCCAAAAAGUCUAGUUACUUUUCUUUGGUCUAGGAUUUUUGUCUUUGCUGUUCCCUUGCUUCUCCUGAUAAAGCAGCAGGAAAUGGUGUGAAAAUGCUGCUCCAAGGACUUAGGAAAAGACCUACUUCCUGAGCUUCUGGAAAGAUCAGGAAGAUGACCCUUCAAGCCAUUUGCUCACUGCCCAUCUCACAUACCCCUCCAGCAUGUCUCCACCCCUCCAUGCCAUGGGAUGUUUUUCUGUGUGAUACAGCGGAAGGCCUGAACCUGGAUCAGGAAGUUUUAUAAUGUUCACCUUCUACAGAUCCUGUUCAUCAUCUCUGAGUGACUUAAUGCCUCGGUUUCCCUUUCUGUCAGACAGGUGCUUGUUCCUUAAGACAACCAGUAAAGAUUGUGCAACAUGUCUAUAGAGGGUACAAGUAAGACACACGACAGCCAGGGUUUGUCUUGGUUCACCCUUCUCACUAUUCUGGCUCUUGUCCUAUUUUCCAUGAUUGAACUACCCCUACAAGUCAACUUCGGGAGUCGGAGUCGUGGCUGUCACUGGCAAUGGAGUUCCAGAACUCUUAGGAGCAGAGUGACAGACAGCCUUUCUCUCGUAGCAACACACUCCCUCCCAGAGGGCUGCUAAUUCUUUGCAGGAGUGACAGACAGGCACCAGAUCCCUUUGCUUCCUCCCUCCCCAUUAAGCAACUUCCUGGCAAAAGCUCUGUCCUCUUAUCCUGUAACAUUUCCUUACUGGGGACAUUCUGUGAGAAACCUAAGUUAUCAAUGACCACUUUCCUCCUCUUCCUCAACCUCUAGACACAGUACUGGGUCUGCAGCUUAGGUUAUUGGCCUGGACCAACUGGAAGAAAGGCUGAGCAGGAGUGGGGGAGGGUGAAGAUGUUCUGUACCCACUACUGCUGUUCUUACAAUCAAUCCUUUACGCUAGGCUGGGGACAAUUUUCUGAGCCAGUGCUUCAGUUUAGAAAGAGGGAAUUGGCUGGAGUCUUAGAAUAGUCCCCAUGAGAGAGCUCUCUGCUUUAGACAGGUUAUGUUACCAGGGCAAGGACAUCAUCUUUGUAGUUAUUCUGUAAAUAUCAGGACCUCUCAUAGGAGGGCUUUGUUCUUUUCACCAUCAGGAGGGGACUUAUGGGGAAUAUAUUGAUUCCUGGGCCUCCCUCUCUUGCUAAUUGUCAUUAGUACAUUUAGAGAAUCAUUGGGCAAGUGUACUUAUCUGAAUUCGAGCAAGGCAGUGACAUCUUGGUGGCUGGAAGUAUUCAAUCCUCUGUUCUUGGUUGAGAUCCUGGAGUCCUGGAUGUUUUAGAAUUCGCCAGUUGUCCUGGUGGGACUUGGGGGCUUUUGAUGAUCAGCUUGAGAAGUUCUUGGUGGGCCAAUCAAAGAUGUCGGAUGUAAAAUACCAAAUGCGGAGCCCCACGAGGUGCUGGAGUCCAUGGUCUGAUUUUUCCAGGCAUCUCCCACUGCCUGAGGUUGUAAAUAAACUCACCACAAGGUCUGCAGCACUGGAAUUCAAAGCCCUUAGCCCAGAAGCAGCUGUGCCUGGAGAUGUUUGCUCAUGACCUUUUCUCUUACCACACCCUGGGGCUCUUGGGAGGAGCCAAGAGCUGAGCUUCUAGUGCCAGGAUGCUGCCUGUCAGUGCCCAUGUUAAGCUGACUCGUGGGUCCUUUCACAUCCUUCUUGCUUAACUACGGAGUACACAGGAUGGAAACUGCUCUCUGCCUUUGGGAGACAACGCAUGAUUAAGCUCAAUAAAUUUGUGAUUGGAGACCAGAGCAGAAGGCACUCUCUCAGGCUUUCUGUAGCCUGCCUGAAAGGAGAAAAGAACAUUCAUGCCCCCAAAGCUCAGAACGAUGGAAGGACAGCGGGUAGGCCUGUCCCUCAGGCUGCUCCGAAAUCGCUUGCCACGACUUCGAGCAGGACAAUCCCAGAACAGUCCUGGGGAAACCACCACAGAGCCGGAAAGGAUCCAGGAGCAUUCUCUGUCUAGCUUUGCUGGAGGCCAGCACUUCUUUGAAUACCUUCUUGUCGUUUCUUUAAAGAAAAAGCGUUCAGGGGAUGACUAUGAACCCACGAUCACCUACCAGUUUCCCAAGAGGGAGAAUCUGCUCCGGGGUCAGCAGGAAGAGGAAGAAAGGCUGCUCAAAGCUAUUCCUCUGUUCUGCUUCCCUGAUGGGAAUGAGUGGGCACCACUCACAGAGUAUCCCAGGGAGACCUUCUCAUUCGUCCUGACCAACGUGGAUGGGAGUAGGAAGAUCGGAUACUGCAGGCGCCUCCUGCCUGCUGGUCCUGGCCCUCGCCUCCCCAAAGUGUACUGCAUCAUCAGCUGCAUCGGCUGCUUCGGCCUGUUCUCCAAGAUACUGGACGAGGUAGAGAAGAGGCAUCAGAUCUCCAUGGCUGUCAUAUACCCAUUCAUGCAAGGUCUCCGAGAGGCAGCCUUCCCUGCACCUGGAAAGACUGUCACCCUUAAGAGCUUCAUCCCUGACUCAGGCACAGAGUUCAUCUCACUGACACGGCCCCUAGACUCCCACCUUGAACAUGUGGACUUCAGUGCCCUUCUACAGUGUCUCCAUUUUGAGCAGAUUAUUCAGAUCUUUGCCUCUGCGGUGCUGGAAAGAAAAAUCAUCUUCCUGGCAGAGGGUCUCAGUACCCUGUCUCAGUGUAUCCACGCUGCUGCUGCCCUGCUUUACCCAUUUAGUUGGGCGCACACAUAUAUCCCCGUGGUCCCUGAGAGCCUUCUGGCCACUGUCUGCUGUCCUACCCCGUUCAUGGUUGGGGUACAGAUGCGCUUUCAGCAGGAAGUAAUGGACAGUCCCAUGGAGGAGGUCCUGUUGGUGAAUCUUUGUGAAGGAACCUUCCUAUUGUCGGUUGGUGAUGAAAAAGACAUUCUACCACCCAAACUUCAGGAUGACAUCUUGGACUCUCUUGGUCACGGGAUAAAUGAGUUAAAGACUUCAGAACAAAUCAACGAGCAUGUUUCAGGCCCUUUUGUGCAGUUCUUUGUCAAGACUGUGGGCCACUAUGCCUCCUAUAUCAAACGGGAGGCCAGUGGGCAAGGCCACUUCCAAGAACGAUCCUUCUGUAAGGCUGUGACCUCCAAGACCAAGCGCAGAUUUGUGAAGAAGUUUGUGAAGACACAACUUUUCUCCCUGUUCAUCCAGGAAGCAGAGAAGAGCAGGAACCCUCCUGCAGGCUAUUUCCAAAAGAAAAUACUUGAAUACGAGGAGCAGAAGAAACAAAAGAAAUCAAGAGAUAAAACUGUGAAGUAAAAGCUGUGGUGAGCAGGAGCAUCUACAGCUACAGACCUGUUUGGACUUUGGCCUUUCUGGUGUGGCAGGAUCAGUGAGCCUCUUGGCCCUGGAAUCCAUGGCCUCCUUCCAACUGAUAACCCUGACUCGCUUCAAACUGGUGCCUGAGUUUGGGAUCCUUGGUGCCAGGACUAAUGAGAACUUUGAAAGCUCUUAUACAAACUCAUUGACUGUACUCAAAGCUGCAUUUUUGGCAGAGUGGAUACAGUGGGCGAUAGUGGUACAAGUGUUGUGGGUGCUGGAUUAGAAGCUGCCAGUACUGCUGUCCCCUGGGAGCCACUGUUAUAAAAUCCUCAAUACAGAACAUUGUUGUGGCCCAACGACUGUAUAAAAUAGUGGUCUGACAUGUGAGGAUGAGAAUAAAGAUGAAAACCUUGUUGUUUGUCAA